AUGUCUGCAGGAUUCCGGAUCACGCCUGCGCUAUGGGACAAGAUCCACCACUUUGCAUCCUUCCCCCAGACCGGUGUCUCGCUGCAGCAGAUGGUCCUCUUUGGCCAGAAUCCCAGCCAGGGCACCCUCCUCCGUGCUUCCCAGUUCCUGGCAGAGGAGCUGCCUGUCCGUCUGGCGCAUCGCUGCAAAGAGCUCGAUGAGCUGCCGCACAAUCUCAGCGCCAUGCCCUCCAUCAAGCGCGUCAAGAACUGGUACGCACAGUCCUUCCAGGAACUCAUCACCUUCCCCCCUAUCACCCUCCCCCACAAAAUACGCCGCGCGCUCAUGGACUCGCGCUCAGAAGACCACCUCCCCGAGUCCCACCCCAAUCCCUCUCUCACGAGCUUCCUCGACGACUCCUACAACCCCCACGCGCCACAUACCCAAGAGCCCUAUGCCGGCAAUGGCUAUAACAAGCUCAGGCUGAGGGUUCCCAUGGAACGCAGAUACUACGCAUCCACAAACGACAUCGCCUGGCCCCCAGAGGUCCACGCAUACAACACCGCCUUCACAAAGCUCCUCCACGCCAUCAAGGCCCGCCACGACCCCACCGUCACCACCGUCGCACAGGGCGUCCUCGAGUGGAAGAAGCGCGAGAACGCACGCCACAUCGGCCUCGACAUCCAGAGCUGGCUCGACCGCUUCUACAUGUCCCGCAUCGGCAUCCGCUUCCUCAUCGGCCAGCACGUUGCCCUCAACAACCAGUCCCCCCACCAGGACUACGUCGGCAUCAUCUGCACAAAGGCAAACGUACACGACAUCGUCCAAGAGGCCAUCGAGAACGCCCGCUUCGUCUGUGAGGAGCACUACGCCAUGUUCAAGGGGCCCCCCGUGCAGCUCAUCUGCCCAAACGACCUCGAGUUCCCCUACGUACCAGGUCACCUCUCACACAUAUGCUUCGAGCUCCUCAAGAACUCCCUCCGUGCGGUCGUCGAGCGCUACGGCGUCGACAGCGACGCCUUUCCCGCCAUCAAGGUCAUCGUCGUCGAGGGCUCAGAGGACAUCACCAUCAAGAUCUCAGACGAGGGCGGCGGCAUCCCCCGCUCAGCCAUCCCCCUCAUCUGGACCUACAUGUACACAACCAUGGAGACAAAGGCCGUCAUCGACCAGGACUUUCGCGCAUCAGACUUCAAGGCCCCCAUGGCCGGCUUCGGCUACGGCCUCCCCCUCUCACGCCUCUAUGCCAGGUAUUUUGGCGGCGAUCUAAGGCUCAUUAGUAUGGACGGCUUCGGCACGGAUGUCUAUAUCCACUUGAAUCGCCUCAGUAGUUCCAGGGAACCCCUGCAGUAG